AUGAGGGACACUCUUUCACUUGAAGGGAAUUCAUCAUUCAGGACAUUAACCAGGGGUGUCGUGUGGAGCAUCCACGACAACCACCGCCAUCAAUUCACAACGCUCGUCCAGCAGCAUCAAACCAAUCAGCCAGGCGCAGUUGCUCAAGUCUUUAUGCAAUCCGUCAUCAAACAAAGUUCACAGCCUCAACUCAGCGCCUGUGCCCUGCCACCAUCCUUGUAUAAGGCUGAAAAGUCUGUUAUUUCAAGCCUUGAUCCCCUCUCACAGACUGUCUUCUCCGAGUCCUCUCCUCAUCAUCUUCUCCCCAUCUUUCUUAACGGUUGUGGCGCUGAGUCUCCACCCUCCGCGAUAAGCCGCCGCGAAACGAUGCCACUCCGCGAGAUACUUCACAAGAAGGACGCCCUCAACAACACGGCGGACCACUAUGCGUCUAACGCCGUACCCACGACAUCCGGGAGAAAUGUGCCUCAGAUCACCUUUAUCCGAACCGACACAACCUCACAAGAAGUUAUACGUCCGCCUGUCUUCGACGGAGAUGCCGAUCACCCCGACGAUCGAUAUCUAGAACCCGUUCCUCCCUCUCCUUCGCAUCGCAUUUCGUUGAAUCCGUUCCGUCGCUCGCGUGCGCCCUCAGAGUCCUCGGGUACAAACUCACCAACGCGCCCGCGCGGAGAAAGACGGCUGACGCACCUGCUGCACUUGGAUCGCUCGGGGUCGCGGAACUCCAGCUCGUCAUCAGUCAACGUCCCAUCCGACCUUCCGCAGAUCGACUGUGAUAGAGGCGAUGAGCAAGAAAGGGAGGCACAAUGGGAGAAGAGGGCCACUGUACUGGCGCAGCGCAGCCCGCAGGCCGGAGUUUCGUGCCUGUCGCCUACUUCACCGACAGGCUUCGGAUUGGAUGGCGCCCCAUCGAGGUCGCGGAGUUCUAGUCGGAGCCGGAUAAACGAUCCAGUAGGGGAUAUCAAUGUACAAGAGGCGAUCCGACUUCAUGAAGCUGGAGAGCUCGAACAGUCGACAAAGAUGUUUGAGCACCUGGCGGAUCCUAACGGUGCCAACAAUGCACUCAGUCAAGUGCUCUAUGGGCUAGCACUCCGACAUGGUUGGGGCUGCUCGCCAGAUCCUGAUAGAGCCGUCAUGUAUCUCUCGGCCGCAGCGUCCAACUCGGCAUCGAUAGAGUCCCAGGCGCUCCAGGCCGGCAUCAAGAAGGGCGGGUCUGCCAAGGGAGAGUUAGUGUUGGCCAUUUUUGAGCUGGGAAACUGCUUCCGCAACGGCUGGGGUGUCAAGAAAGACCCAGUCGCAGCGCGACAAUACUUCGAAACGGCAGCCAAUCUGGGCGAUACCGACGCGAUGAACGAGGUUGCUUGGUGCUACCUAGAAGGGUUUGGAGGGAAAAAGGACAAGUUCACGGCCGCCAAAUACUACCGAUUGGCCGAAGAGAAAGGCAACAAAUUAGUGGGAAAUUCCUGGAUAUGGAAGGACAAGUACAACCCGCACUGAACCGUUAGGGCUGUGUACCUGCUGUUUCUACUUUCUCUACGACCUUUCACCCGCACCGUCCCAUCAGAUGACGAUGGCGUUUUGGACCGAGCUGAAGCAAGGCUAGAAUGCUUCCACUUUACUUAGUCGGCUUCUUGCGGCCAGACGCCCUUGUCCUUCCCAGUUCGUAUCCAGG